AUGGCGACAAGGACAGCAGAACAACAGCAAUCACAGCCAACGGUCCUGAUUGUUGGUGCAGGACUAGGGGGCCUCAUGCUCGGGGCACUCAUGGAGAAGGCCGAUAUCCCCUACACCAUUAUCGAGCGCUCGACUACCGUCAAGCCGUUGGGAUCCGCAAUGGCGGUUGGCGGCACUCUCCUCGGCCUCUUUGAGCAAUUGGGUAUCCUUGACGAGUUCGUUUCUCUUGCCAAGUGGUUUACACAGUCGACUCUCCUGAACGAAGCGGGCGAGACCAUUGUCACCACGAAUCACCUCCAUGUGCAAGAGCUGACUGGAUAUCGAAGCUACAUUGUUGCGCGCCCUUGUCUCUACAGCCUCUUGCUAAAGCAGAUCCCGGCACACAAGAUCCACUUUGGCAAACGCAUCCUGACCGUCACCGAGAACAAGGACGACGACGAUAAAGUCCAUAUCAAGGCAGCAGAUGGAACGACAUACCAGGGUGACAUCUUAGUUGGCGCUGAUGGCGCAUACAGUGCCAUUCGUCAGCGGAUCUACGAGAAACUGAACACGGAGGGAACUCUUCCAAAGUCCGACCAGGAGGACCUUCCGUUUAGUUGUACCUGUCUUGUCGGUCAGACCAACGUGUUGGACGUCGAGGAGUUCCCCGAGCUGAAGGACGACAAGUGCUUAUUUAUCGUGACCCUUGGCAAUGAAAAACCGUACUCUUGGGUUGUGUUCGGCACAGCCAGCGGGUCCGUUUGUUUCAUGGUGCUGCACCACUUGGAUCGAACCACAAGCAGGGCAGCCCAGGAACAGCGGUUCAAGAAUUGCGAGAACUCCGAGUGGGGUACCUUUGCAGCCCAGUCGAUGUGCGAUGAGACACGCGCUUUCCCUAUUUCUAUUGGAGCAGGCAAAAUGACGCUGGGCGACCUCUAUGACCGGACUCCCAAGGAGCUGAUUACCAAGGUCAUGCUGGAGGAGAAGGUAUUUAUGACGUGGCACUCUGGACGCACCGUUCUCUUGGGCGAUGGCGCCGUGACGGCAAUGCACGAUGCAGUCGCGCUCGCCAACCUCAUCUACGCUCUCCCCUCCACCAAACUCUCCGACAUCCAACAAGCAUUCACCGAAUACCAAGCAGAACGACUACCCCAAGCAACCGAGGCCUUCGAUAGCAGUCGCGCCCUGGCCAAGGGGAUGGAAAAGGGUCUGGGCGGAGCCGUUGCAUUGUGGAUCUCAAAGCAUAUCCCUCAAUGGCUAUGGAAGAUCUUUUGGGCCAAACGCGUAAAAUUCAGACCGCAGGUCGCGUUCCUGAAGGAGGUCGAGAGUAAGGGUACGUCCCCCUUCAUGAGUUCGUUUAGUUAUAAGAAGGCUAGAGCCGUUUAUGAGAAGAGACAAGGUGCUUCCGCCGCUGCUUCAGGUGCUAUUUGA